AGCUGUAUUUUGAUUUUUAAAACCUUUAAGCAAUGCGAUUAUGUUACCAAAAAUGUUUAAAUUAAGUUACAUUCUUCUAGCUGUUUAUACUUUUAGUGUAUGUGAAAGUUUUGAAAAUUCUGGAAAGUAUUUUCAAACUUUGGAUGAAAAUCUAGCAAGAGACGAACUUGUAGUAGAUAAUGUAACAUCAGAAAAUGUAUUUCCACUAAAAAACGAAGUAACAAAAUGGAAAAGUAUUACUAUUGGUCCAACAGCAUAUUCUGUUGGCUUGGCCCAAACUGGAUUUGAACUUACGUCAUGGUCUUUGAAUGCAAAUCGUACACAGUUUAUUAUGAACUCUAACAUUUCCAUUGCUACAACAAAUAAACCCAAAGAUAUUGUCUUAUUCCAUAACAGAAGGAAUGGUAAAUCGGAAAUAGUUAUCAUAGUUUCAUUUAGUGAUUCGAAUCAUUUAGAAUGGUUUAUUUCAGUGGACAAUAAUAUUAAUAAAAUUUGGUCAUGGGAAUUUGAUAAUCUAGUCAAUCAUUUUAACUAUUUUAAAAUGUCAAACCGAAACAUCUUAUUUGUAGUCACAAACAUAGGCCAAGGCUUUUUAUAUGAGUUUAAUUUUAGAGAAGAUCCACUUGAAAGAUGGGCACUUCAAAACUUUAGGUUAAGUUCAGCAAGUUACUCGGUUUUUAAUAAUUAUAGAGGAAAUUAUUAUCUAUCCGUACUUCAAAAAAAUCAAAUCACGGUAUACAAGUACGAAAACACUCUCUUUCGUAACUACACAGUCCUUCAAAGCACCAAUGUCUCAUCAAUAAUUUCUUUCGACAUUGGAGCCAAGACUUUUCUUGCAAUAAACGGUUACAGCGCUGGAAUUUUUGAAUUUUGUAAAAACGGCUUAACGAGACUUAGUGUCGACAAUAGUAACUUGGACGGUAUAACGUAUUGGCUAGCAAUAACUAUAGAUACUUAUAGGGAUGAUGUAGUACUAGUAGCUGAGCGAAACGUAGACCAUGGGACACACAAUGUUUUCGAAGUGGAUAUCUUCACGUACAACAUCGAUAAAUUUGAGGAGCACGAAGAUAUUCCAUGUUUUUCAUUCGGAGAACAAACUUCAAGGUUGACUUGCUUUCCCAGUGAACAACGAAUUUCUGGGUCUGGAUAUGUAUCAAUCCAAGACAAAAUUGCAUUACUAGUACCAAAAUCAGAUAAAGAGUUUGUCUUAUUUUCUUUAAAUGGUAGAAUAAAAGAGAUUCAAGAUCCCAGAAAGAAGGAGUUAGAUGAGUUACAGGAAAUUAAGAAAAAACUUGCGGUACAUAUCGAAGAACUUGACAAACGAUAUGAAGAGCUAUCAAAAGCGAAAACCAAACAAAAGAUGCAAGAUACCAAAACAGUAAGUCCUAUAGUUGGCGCAAUGGAGGAUUCUGAAGAUGUUUCAGUAUAUUUAGAAGAACUUGAAGACAUAGAGGCAGCAAUAAAAAAGUUGUCAGAUAAAGUAAAUAACAUUACUAGAAAUGACAAAAACUCAAAGCUCGACAUGAUUAUUUUAAAUGGAAACGUUAAAUUCGAAAAUAUUGAUGCAAAUAAAAUGGAAGUAGAAAAUAUUAGUAAAAAAAAUGCUACAGAACUUUUAAUCGAUAUUGUGAGAAAAGACAACAUAACAAAUGUUUUAAGAAACAAAACUUUUACUGAAAUGGUAACACUGCAAAAGCUGAAUGCUAACACUGUCAACGGCAUUGAUGCAAGUAACAUUGCUUUUACCGAUAAGGCGCUUGUUAUAGAUGGUAACAUCACUUUUGAAAAACCUGUUAUUUUGGGAAACGUCUAUCUGAGUAGUGGGAAUUUAAAUGAUAUGAAUAUUGAAAGUGAAGCUAUAACAUUGACUAAAAAACACGAAGGAAGUUUAGAGUUUGAGGAAAUCAAAGUCGAGGACAAUUUUAAAGCUGCGAAAGUUAACAACAUCAAUCUACGCAGAUUGUCUACUGUUAGAAGUAGCUCCGAUGGGUCCAUAGAUGCCACACAACCAUCUGACUUACCAGAUAUACAUAUCUCGAAUAAUUUGACAGUUACAUUAAUAAAUGGGGUAAAUUUCACCGAGUUUUAUCACAGUCUUUGUUUCGUCAACACAUUUUGUUUUAUUCCUGGAGAAGUAAAACUUAAAGGGGAGGUAAAUGCGACUAAGGUGUUUGCAGAAAAUUUAAAUGGGCUUAUGUAUCGGCUUGAAUAUGUAUUUAAAAAUUCAGACACACGUGUGGAUAUUACAGGUAAAAAAACGUUCAAAAAAUCUCUUAAAACUUCAAAACUGCGGAAUGUGGGACGUAUUAAUAAGAUUACUACUAAAGAUCUUAUAUCAACGUCCUUUCCACAGCAUCUAGGAAAUAAAACAUUCAAACAAAUUGUUGUUACUAACCUAUUUAGGGUUGACGGUGAAUUGGUCGGGAAACUUGCUGAACAGUUUUUGACUAAUCCAUCAUUGGAAGAAACUGAUAGAUUGAAUUACUCCGUUCAAUUUAAAAAUCUUGAAGUCAACGGCAACAUAUUUUUGUCCAAUAAAUUUAUGGGAAAAAAUUAUUCAAAGUUAUUAAAGAGUAUACUUUAUCAUGAUGAACCAAAUGCCAUGGUUUCCGCACCAAAGACAUUUGCUAGUGGACUUAGUGUUUCACAACUGAAUAUUCAAUCAAACUCUAUAAACAAUGUAUCUUUGAAUUCUAUUAUAUCGAAAGAUGAAAACCAAACCUUAAAGAUUAACUUGUUAAAAGGAAAAAUAUUUAUAAAACAUAUUUUUGUAAAGGGUACAUUUGACGGCAAAAACAUUACGGAAUUCGAUGAUAGUCUUGUCAAGCUCACUGGAGAGCAGUAUAUUGACUCUACGUUAACUUUUAAUGAUUUAGAAGUUAAUAAAACCUUGGAAAUUACAGAUAAUCUUAAUGAUAUUGGUACAGAAGAAUUUUUGUAUACUAUAAAUGGAGGAAGUAUAGGAAAGCAUGUUAAUUUUGAUAACAUUUCUGUGGAUAAUAUGACAGUGCUAGGGAAUAUUCGAGGAAACAUAUCUGGAUUUAAUUUGCAGCAUUUCAGUGAAAAUUAUUUUAGCGCUACUAAAAAUCAAACUAUUCCAAGCAAAUUUCAUCUAAAAGCAGCAACAGUUGACAAACUUUUAGCCAACAGAAUAAAUGGAAAUAUAAACAACAUAUCCGUAGAUGAUGAGUCCUUUAAUAAAAAUCUAAGGGAAGUCCUAAAUUUAGAAAAAAUGAAAGUGGAUAAUUUACGAAUAGAAGAAUCUGCGAAUUUUACAAAAGUUAACAACAAACCUGUUGAAACUAUAUUGCCCAUUGGUAUACGAAACCCCGUUAGCAAUUCUACAAAGAAAAAUCUAACAUUGGAGACUGAUUUAUUGGUUCCGUCUAUAAAAAUACAUAAAUUAAGCUCCGUAGAUUGGAACGACUUUGUUAAACAGGUUGUCUUCAAAAAUAAUUCAGAUGUAGUUUUUACUGGAAAUAAAUCAUUCGAGAACGGUAUAACUGUGGAAAAAUUGGUCGAAAUCAAACAACUUAACGACGUACCAUUGGAAGACAUACUCACCAAGGAAAACAAUCAAACUAUUAGAGGACCUUUACACGUACAAGGAAAUGUGGAAUUUGUUAAGGCGUUUAUUAAAAACAAGAUGCAUGGGAUGUCAGUACCAGACAUGUUGAAAGUUAUAUCUGUUUCCAACAGAAAUUAUCGUAUUUUAAGUGAUAUUGUCUUUAGUAGAUUACCCUACAUCAAAUUCCUAAAUAUACAAGGCAGAGUGAAUGAUAAAAAUAUCGACAAGGUAUUCAAAAAUUUAGCAUACAAAAAUAAGGAUAUACUCUUGACCAAUGAUACGGUGUUUAAAGAACCAGUUUAUGUAAAAGGAAAUCUAGCAGUGUCGGGAUUCAUAAACCAUAUAAACUUCUCUGAUGUCUACCCCAAAAUAGUCCUUACAACUAGCGAUACUGAUAUCGAUAGUGUAGUUAAGUUUAAAAAACCAAUAUUAGUUCAAAAUAAAUUAUCCAUAGAUGAAAACUUAGUUACUAAUUCGUUGCAAGGAUUUAAUACAAAAGAAUGGGUUGAAAAAUCAAUUCCUUUAAACAAAGGCUUGAUAAAAGGACACUACAAAUUUGAGCACAUGGUAAUUAACGACAAUUUAAUCACAGAUUUUGUCAAUGACAUAGAUAUGAAGCAGAUAGUGCCAUUAAAAACUGAUCAAAAUAUCGAUCAUUUAAACUUUAAAUUACUAAGGUUUGUUAAUGAUAUUCCUGUUGGCAAGACAGUCAAUGAUCUAUUUCUACCAGCUGAAGUGCGAAGAUCCCUAACGUUGGAUACCGAUCAAGAAAUAUCUCCUACUACCAUAUUUGAUUUAAUAUUAAUCCAUAAAAACCUACAAAUUUCAAAACUUAAUAACCAAGAAACCUCAAAAAUGGUAACCACUAAUACCGAUCAAAUCUUGACCGCAAGUUACCACUUUAAUUCGAAAUGUGUAGCAGAAAAGGAUUUAGAAGUUGACGGUUUCAUUAACGGUGUCAAGCUAGACGACUGGAAGAAGAGGACUUUAAAAAUUAACUCGGAAAGUACACAGUUCGUGUGUAAUGACUGGAAGCUGGAAAAUAUUACGUUCUUAAAUAACUUAGAAUCCCGUAAUACAGUCAGUGACCUAAACUUAACACAGGUAUCGAAUGAAAUUAAAGACAGAAGGGAUUUUAAGUUUCAGUUGGAAAAUGGAACUCUUAGGGACUAUAAAGGUAUAUGUAAAGACGUUUCAUUCUUCUACGAUAAGGCUCAAUCUCAAAUAUACAGAUUUAAAUAUUUUGAGAUGUUCCAACAGCUUUCAUUUUCCAACAACAUCAAUCUGGCUUAUACUUUUAUCCAUAAAAAUAUUCUCUACUUGCUAGUUAACAAACAAGACUGUCUAACCGAUAUCAAAAGGUUUAAUGGAACUUCAUUUGUACCGUUUUUGGUCAAAAUUUCAACGGGAGAAUUUGAACAGAUAGUGUCAACUUGGGACCACGAUGUAUUGUUUUUGGUGACACGAGGAAGCAAGAAAAGUAAAUGUAGCAAUACUGGAGGUGUCAAUAUUUGGACUUUUGAUGAAAAUGGCGUAGAAUUAAAAUUUUCUCUGGAAAAUCAAGAGCUUCUUCAAGAUUCAAGGAUUCCGUCCACCUUUUACGUCCUUGGUAAAGAUGGUGUUGUCGAAUACAAACUUAAAAAGAAUUUCGAGUUCCCUAGACGACACAGAAGAUGGGAAAUAUUCGAUAAAAAUGCUGCUUUUAUGCCAAGAGGUAUUAAAACUGGUUUAGCAAUUAGAACAGGAAGAAACCUGAUUUUCUUAGAUAAGGAGGAUCCUCAAGUGAAGGAUAUUGAGGGCAAUGCUAUUUCAGAAUCUGUCAUUAAAGGAACUACCAGAAGGGAGGACAAUAGUUUUAUACCUGGUAGAAAUGGAGGAGACAUCGCUGUUUUAACUGUCGGUACCAGAAGUUCCAGAAAUGAUCUUCUAGCAGUUGCAAACCAUGAAGAAACUGUUGUUAAAAAUUCUAUGGAUUUCGUUAGAAUUUAUGAUGACCCCUUAAUAGGCAAAUUAUUCGAUAAAGUUCCAACUUAUCGACCAUCAUCACUACUUCCGUUGGAAUUUAAUCAAGGUGAAACACUUUUAGCAUUUAUGGAAAACAGAAGAAUCUUAAAGGUCUAUGAAUAUCAAGGUAUCCAAGGAUUUGAACACAGAACUUCCAUAAAAGUACAGGCGUCCAGUCUCUUCCAAGUGGACUUACCAAUUAAAGGCGAUCUUAAUCCUAGAAAAGUUGUAGGUGCAGUAGAUAGAAAUCGAAUAACCUUGUUAAUGGCCGUAAUGGAUGGUAAUCAAAUUAGUGAUGAUUUAAAUUGUGCAUUGUGAUAGUUUUUGUCUAUUAUUUUUACUUGUUAUUUGUUAUUUUUAUUCUAUAUAUUUAUGUUAAAUGAAAUUAUAAAUAAUAAAAGUACUAUUUAAUGUAAA